AUGACGGCUGAAACAGUGGCUUCUCUGUUUGACACAUCUCCACGUGACAAAAUAGAAGUUCUUGAUGUCGGUGCCGGAACUGGUCUUGUGGCGACACAAAAAAGUUAUUGGUUGUUUGCCUAUUGCUUUGAUUGUGUGUCAACAUGUGGUUGCUUUGUACCAGGACAUCUCCCACCUGAUUCCCUUUAUGAAUGUUUACGGUUUGCGAAGAAAGAUGGUAAAAUUGUAAUAACCAAGAGAGCAAACUAUGAUGAGCCGCAAUAUGAGCAGUCUUUAAUAUCUGUAAUGGACGAGUUGGAAGUAAAUGGUAAAUGGAAGAAGACAUUAGAAAUACCAAUUCCUAAUUAUUGUUAUGAUAACUUAGGAGUUACCUAUGUAUUCACUGUUCUAUAA